GAAGAGAUUUUCAACUUCCGGUCCAUUCUAGCGGCCAUAAUACAGUGUUUUGGCUCGUUAUACUAGAACAUUUUAAAUUAUUUCUGGAUAUAAAAUAUGUACGACCAGGACGAAGAUAAUCAGUACGAUGAAGAUGAUGAUGAAAUCACUCCAGAUCUGUGGCAGGAGGCUUGCUGGAUCGUCAUCAGCUCUUAUUUUGACGAGAAGGGCCUGGUGCGGCAGCAGCUGGAUUCGUUCGAUGAGUUCAUCCAGAUGUCUGUUCAGAGGAUCGUGGAAGAUGCUCCACCCAUUGACCUGCAAGCUGAAGCGCAGCACACCUCGGGGGAGGUGGAGGAGCCGCCUCGUUACCUGCUGAAGUUUGAACAGAUCUACCUGUCCAAGCCCACUCACUGGGAGAGAGACGGAGCCCCUUCUCCCAUGAUGCCCAACGAAGCUCGACUGCGAAACCUCACGUACUCCGCCCCCCUGUAUGUUGACAUCACAAAGACUAUCAUAAAGGAAGGUGAAGAGCAGCUGCAGACACAACACCAGAAAACCUUCAUUGGGAAAAUUCCCAUCAUGCUUCGCUCUACCUACUGUCUGCUGAGCGGCCUGACAGAUCGAGAUCUGUGUGAGCUCAACGAGUGUCCGCUGGACCCUGGGGGUUAUUUUAUCAUCAACGGUUCUGAGAAGGUGCUGAUCGCACAGGAGAAGAUGGCCACAAACACUGUUUACGUCUUCGCCAAGAAGGAUUCCAAAUACGCCUACACGGCUGAGUGUCGGUCCUGUUUGGAGAACUCAUCUCGUCCCACCAGCACCAUCUGGGUCAGCAUGAUGGCCAGAGGAGGCCAGGGAGUCAAGAAGAGUGCGAUCGGUCAGAGGAUCGUGUCCACGCUGCCAUACAUCAGACAGGAAGUUCCCAUCAUCAUUGUGUUUCGAGCACUGGGCUUCGUGUCGGACAGAGACAUCCUGGAACACAUCAUUUAUGACUUUGACGACCCCGAGAUGAUGGAGAUGGUAAAGCCAUCUCUGGAUGAAGCGUUUGUGAUCCAGGAGCAGAACGUGGCGCUGAACUUCAUCGGUUCCAGAGGAGCAAAACCUGGAGUGACGAAAGAGAGGAGGAUCAAAUACGCCAAAGAAGUUCUACAGAAAGAAAUGCUGCCGCAUGUCGGAGUCAGUGACUUCUGUGAAACCAAGAAGGCGUAUUUCUUGGGGUACAUGGUCCACAGGUUGCUGCUUGCUGCGCUUGGCAGACGGGAGCUUGAUGACAGAGAUCACUACGGAAACAAGAGGCUGGAUCUUGCUGGGCCGCUCUUGGCCUUCCUGUUCAGGGGAAUGUUCAAGAACCUUCUGAAGGAAAUCAGGAUCUAUGCUCAGAAGUUCAUCGACAGAGGAAAAGACUUCAACCUGGAGCUCGCCAUCAAAACUCGCAUCAUCUCAGAUGGACUCAAGUACUCGCUGGCCACCGGGAACUGGGGCGACGUGAAGAAGGCUCACCAGGCUCGAGCGGGAGUGUCUCAGGUGUUGAACCGUCUUACCUUCGCCUCCACACUGUCACAUCUUCGCAGAGUAAACUCUCCCAUCGGCAGAGACGGAAAAUUGGCCAAACCUCGACAGCUACACAACACUCUUUGGGGGAUGGUGUGUCCCGCUGAGACUCCAGAGGGCCAUGCUGUAGGUCUGGUGAAGAACUUGGCCCUGAUGGCCUACAUCUCUGUGGGCUCCCAGCCCUCACCCAUCCUGGAGUUUUUAGAGGAGUGGAGUAUGGAAAACUUGGAGGAGAUCUCUCCAGCUGCCAUCGCUGACGCCACUAAGAUCUUUGUGAAUGGCUGCUGGGUUGGAAUCCACAAAGAUCCUGAGCAGCUGAUGAAUACGCUGAGAAAACUCCGCAGGCAGAUGGAUAUUAUCGUGUCUGAGGUUUCGAUGAUCAGAGACAUCCGAGAGCGUGAGAUCAGAAUUUACACCGACGCUGGACGGAUCUGCAGACCGCUGCUGAUUGUGGAGAAACAGAAACUUCUUCUGAAGAGACGACACAUCGACCAGCUGAAGGAGCGAGAAUACAACAACUACAGCUGGCAGGACUUGGUGGCGAGCGGCGUGGUGGAGUACAUCGACACUCUGGAGGAGGAGACGGUUAUGCUCGCCAUGACUCCUGAUGAUCUCCAGGAAAAAGGUGUGGCCUAUUGCUCGACGUACACCCACUGUGAGAUCCACCCGUCCAUGAUCCUGGGAGUGUGCGCCUCCAUCAUCCCGUUCCCCGACCAUAACCAGUCUCCCAGAAACACGUACCAGUCGGCUAUGGGCAAACAGGCCAUGGGUGUCUACAUCACCAACUUCCACGUGAGAAUGGACACUCUGGCUCACGUCUUGUACUACCCUCAGAAACCACUGGUUACCACCCGAUCUAUGGAGUACCUGCGAUUCAGGGAGCUGCCUGCAGGCAUUAAUUCAAUAGUUGCAAUCGCCUCGUACACGGGAUACAACCAGGAGGAUUCUGUGAUCAUGAACAGGUCUGCAGUGGACCGGGGAUUCUUCAGGUCUGUUUUCUAUCGAUCCUACAAAGAGCAGGAGUCAAAGAAAGGCUUUGACCAAGAGGAGAUAUUUGAGAAGCCAACACGUGAAACCUGUCAGGGUAUGAGACACGCCAUCUACGAAAAGCUGGACGAUGACGGGCUCAUUGCGCCCGGCGUUCGUGUGUCCGGCGAGGAUGUGAUUAUCGGGAAAACGGUGACGCUGCCGGAGAACGAAGAGGAUCUGGACAUCAGCAACCGACGAUACACUAAGAGGGACUGCAGCACCUUCCUGAGGACCAGUGAAACCGGCAUUGUGGACCAGGUCAUGGUGACCCUGAAUCAGGAGGGCUACAAGUUCUGCAAAAUCAGGGUUCGUUCGGUCCGGAUUCCUCAGAUCGGAGACAAAUUCGCCAGCCGUCACGGACAAAAGGGAACCUGUGGGAUUCAGUACAGACAGGAGGACAUGCCGUUCACCUGCGAGGGAAUCACACCUGACAUCAUCAUCAACCCUCACGCCAUCCCAUCCAGAAUGACUGUUGGCCAUCUGAUCGAGUGUCUGCAAGGAAAAGUUUCUGCCAACAAAGGUGAGAUCGGUGACGCCACGCCGUUUAACGACGCCGUCAACGUGCAGAAAGUGUCGAACCUGCUGUCUGACUACGGAUAUCACCUGAGAGGAAAUGAGGUUCUAUACAACGGGUUCACUGGGAGGAAGCUGACGUCACAGAUCUUCAUCGGUCCGACCUAUUAUCAGCGACUGAAGCACAUGGUGGAUGACAAGAUCCACUCGCGAGCCCGAGGCCCGGUCCAGAUCCUCAAUCGUCAGCCGAUGGAAGGCCGAUCUCGGGACGGUGGCCUGCGAUUUGGAGAGAUGGAGCGCGACUGUCAGAUCGCUCACGGAGCGGCUCAGUUCCUCAGAGAGCGUCUGUUUGAGGCAUCCGACCCGUACCAGGUCCACGUGUGCAACCUGUGUGGACUGAUGGCCAUCGCGAACACACGGACACACACGUACGAGUGUCGAGGCUGCCGCAACAAGACGCAGAUCUCUCUGGUUCGGAUGCCGUAUGCCUGCAAACUUCUUUUCCAGGAGUUGAUGUCGAUGAGCAUUGCUCCUCGUAUGAUGACCACAUAGAGCGGCUCGGACACUCCCUGCAGACCAGGAUGUGACAUCAUGAUGAACGAAGACUUUUUUUAUUUUCACGUU